ACCUCCUCAGGACACGAAGAAAUCAACAUAAACUUUUCAAAAUGCCUGUUGAUUAUAACGGCUACUGGAAAAUGAUCUCCAAUGACAACUUUGAAGAGUAUCUCAAAGCUCUCGAUGUUAAUGUUGCUAUCAGGAAAAUUGCUGUCUUGUUAAAACCUGAUAAAGACGUUACCCAGAAUGGAGAUCAUUUUGUCAUCAAGACUAUCAGCACAUUCAAGAACUAUGACAUGAACUUUGUGGUUGGUCAGGAGUUUGAGGAAGACCUCGGUGCAGUUGAUGGCAGGAAAUGUAUGACCACCAUCAGCUGGGAUGGAGACAAGCUGGUGUGUGUACAGAAAGGAGAGAUUGAAGGCAGGGGCUGGACCCACUGGAUUGACGGAGACGAACUUCACUUGGAGCUGAGAGCAGCUGGUGCUGUGAGCAAGCAGGUCUUCAAGAAGUCUUAAGCCUACACUGUAGUAGGGCCCCCUUCUGGAGAAGACACCGAAACCACCCUGCCCAAAGCUGUCUAUCCAUUCACCCAUCCUUUCAUUCAUCAGUCUGCUUGUCCUGAAGUAUUCCAACACCCCCACAUGUGCCUUUCUAGAUAGAAAUUUAAAUUUCCAUCAACAGACAAAGCUUGUUCUAGAUUAAGCAAUUACUUUAGUUGUUAUCUUGGAAGCCUGUAAAAUGUAUGUGAGUUGGUUUGGUAUGAUACAGUGCUUUAGUCACUAAGAAUAGCCUCCUAACUGAGAACACCACUGCUGUCUAAAAAUAACCCUUCUAACAUCUGAGGGACUGGCUGGCUAGAGGAGACAAGAACAUUGGUCUUGACCCGACAGUCAGUCAAGCUCUUUUCUUCUCCUCAGAGGCAAGAGUAGGAUGAGUAGGAGGAAAGAUGAUGUGAGAGUGUUUGUUGCUGGUCUGCUGCAUUUCUUAAAGAGGAUAUUGACACACUCAGACACAGCACAAAUGUGUGGGCUCUUGAG